GUAUGGCCUCUUGGUCCAGAUGCGUCUGUUUGGUGCCAUUGGCACUUUCGACAUCCUGGGAAGUCACUGGACUUUCUCGAAAGUUUCACUAUGGAACGGCGUGGAAUGAUGGAAUUGAAGCGGGAACAUAUAUUACAAGGCAUAACUCAUGAUGUUGAUCUACGUUGGUUACGCGAAUACUGUAUUACGACCUACGGGUUGAUGGACAAUGAUUUACGUCGUAAAGUAUGGCCAAUGCUUGUCGGCCAGAGUGAUAGGGACUUAUUGAUUUACGAUGAUGAAAUUUUGAAGUCUCAUACCAGUCAUCAUCAAGUGCAGUUGGAUGUUAAUCGUUUGGACUCAUUACUUCCGCCCGAUAUAACACCUGAGGAUAAGUCUGCUACACAAGCAGUUCUUAUGCGAUUAAUAGUUUCGCUACUUUUGGACAACCCUAAUCUUCAUUACUAUCAGGGCUUUCAUGAUAUCUGUUAUAUAUUUUUGUCCGUACUCGGUGAAAAUAAUGCACGGUUAUUGCUGAAUAAAAUCCUUCCUGAUCGCUUCGGUCUUUUCAUGGAGGCAUCGAUGGACAGCACGGUAGAGUACAUGCAGUUGAUCUUUGCCCUCCUUGGUCAUCUGAGACCGACACUCACUAAAAAUCUCGAAGCAGUUGGCCUUGGACCACAUUUCGCCCUUGCUUGGAUCGUAACUUGGUUCGCUCACGUGCUGCCCGAAAUGGACGACGUUCGUCGGCUGUUCGAUCUAUUCCUCGCUACCGACCCGCUAAUGCUGAUUUACUUAUCAGUUGCCGUCAUUAUUCGAAGUGACGAAGAAGUUCAGUCCAAUACGUCAGACUUCGGAAUGUUGCAUCACACCCUGCUCCGCCUACCAAAGAAACAUCCUGUCGAGGAGCUUGUUCGCUACUCGGUUAAGUUGUACAUAUCCGUGCCGCCCGAUCAACUUUUGGCUUUGGGCAAACAGCGCCACUCGGUUUUGUCCGCCAUCAGUACGGAGGAUUCAUCCGUACCCUCAUCUUACAGUGGCCCAUCAGGUUCUACUUUCCAAACAGCUUUUACUUGGAAUGGAUAUCUUCUCGCUUGCUUUGUCGAUUUAAAUGCUGAUCGGCAGAUGGAUGUGGUCCUACUAGAUGCUGCUGGUACUGAUUUGUUCGUGUCACUGGCCCCAAGUACAAGAUCAUCCUUGACGUUCGGGCCAACACCAAGCCGUAACCUUCCACCUCCAACUCUUCUUUUUUCCCCUGGUCUUGGCGAAAAGAUCCGAAGUGUGGCAGCUGCUGACUUUAACGGAGAUUCUCUUGUCGACUUCAUGCUACUUGUCUCCACCGCCCGAACAGGACCUUAUAAAGUAUAUUUAGCCUAUGGCGUACCCGGGUCCACGAGUUUGUCGUUUACCAUAGAUGCCAGUAAACCCCUGGUCACUACGAAAUCCCAACCUGUGAUAUGUGACCUGAACUCGGACGCGGUAGCCGAUAUUUUCGGAGAAACUCCCUCGGACGAACGAGUGAUUAUCUAUGGAGGGCGCAAUCUAACCAUCCGGACAAUUGCCUACCAAGGUCCUCCGUGGUCUUCUUUGGGCUAUUCAGCAUUUGGGGAUGUCAAUGGUGAUACAGUUCCAGACAUUGUCGUACUCGUCGGUGAAUCCGGAGAUAUGAAGUUUCAAGUAUAUAAACGUGAUCCGACUCCAGAGCUGGGUGCGGACGUGAUGCUGUUUGACUUACCUCUUUCACUCCGUGUAGCCCAGCAGCUAACCCUUGGUCUUUUCGUGCUCGGCGAUUUUGAUAGUGACGGAACAAUAGACCUACUUCUCCCGGCUUGCACGACGAUCAACUGCGUUGGUGGGAGUUCUAUCUUCCUCUUCAAUUUUGAAACUUUCCAGUGGCGAUCCGUUGAUGUCGAAUGGGAACCGAAAAAUGUGCAACCUGGUUACACAUGGUCAUUGGCACGAACCCCUGCAGACGACCUUCUGCUUAGCGCCCUUGUUGGACCCACAUUGGGUGACUUCGAUCUGGAUGGAAGACCGGAUAUCGGUAUGGGAUUGGCCUACUCAGCUGGAACUAACAUUGGAACACUUCCGGCAGUCUUGCUCAAUCAGGGUGUGAAUUCUAAGACGGGUCAUUUGACAUUCCAGGCGUAUCUACUCCCAGGUGCCAAGUUACCGAAAACCAAUACCAAACUGAAGCAAAUUACGUUCUUUGACAACGGAGAAAAGGGCGUUUUUGAUGUGUUUGUCGCAUCUGUGGAUGACGCCGACCGUUCGUCGGUUCAGCUUUUCCUCCAACAAAUGGUCAACGAUCACUACUUUGUGAAGGUAACUGUCCUCAACGGCCUUUGUUCUUCAGCAGAGAAUUGUACGGACAAAAGGCUACCCUAUGGAUUGCCAGUACCUGGACAAAGUUCUUCUUACUCUACUGAAAGUGCUUCUGGCGGCCGGCUUGGAUUUGCCGGCCUAAUGGGUGUACAGAGCUGCUGCACUGCACUCCAGCUCCCAUCGAUGCGAUUUGGUUUGGGUCCGUUUGCCAGUUAUGUUGAACGUUUGACAGUUGCUAUCCCUCCGGAUUCAGCAUUGUUACGAACUUUCUCCAUAUUUGGACUGAUACCGAACUCAGAAGUAUUCGUUAACCCUUACCCUCAUUCGGAUCCGGAUAGGUGGACAGCCAAGCUUUUUCUACAACCGCUGUACAAUAUGAAAGUUCUGUACAUUGCGAUUACUCUGGUGUGUGUCUGUGUGGUGUUGGUCAUCAUCAUCAGUGUCCUUCAAUGUUUGGAAGUACGCGAGGACCAUAAAGAGAAGCAGAAAGAAGCACAACGCUUUCAUUUUGAUGCAAUGUGAUUCAUGGAUUCGAACCCAUGUAGACGUGAUUCUGCGUUUGGCUGUGAUAACUUCGUCGAUUCUCACCUUUUCUGUCCAUUCUGCAUUCAACCUUGAAUGACGUUUUUUGUUUUGAUGUAAUCCGUGUCUCCGUUAACGCCGUUGUUCGUUUUUCGUCCCACUGGUGGGUAUUUUACGCACAUUCUGUGGCCACAACUAUUGCCAGGUAACACACCUCUUGCUUCAGCGUGUCGAUCCGUGUAUUUUGUUCUCUACUGUGCUUGACUAUUGAAGAUGUGAAGCUACUCAUCCCCAUGAACCCCUUCAUUGAUGUAAACUACUUCUGAUAUGCCCUUUCAGGUUGUUUACUCGAUUUCAUGACCGGGCCUUUUAACACAAGUUAUUGAUCUCUGACAUUUUAACAUAUAUGUUCAUCAUGAGGAUGCCUACGAUCGUGCGUCAUUUAGUUUACGAUGACAAUCCUGUGUUGAAAGGUAUCGGAUUUCGAUUUCUGCAUCUGCCGCCUUUGCCGUUCCCAUAUGGCGGAAGCGGUUGUGCGACUGUAGACCUCCUCAAUUCCGAAGGAUCUGCUGGUGUCCAACGAGCGCAGACACUUGAGCGGGAAAGCUUUCUUGUAUAAGGAAGAUGUAACUGGCGGUACAUGCGAAUAUUAUCGAACUACA